CAGAACUUCAACUUUGACCAUCGCCGCAUAUAAAGCGUCGCAACCACACUCGAACAUGCAUCACCGACACCAAGGCCCUCAAUAAAUUCCUCCAAGUGCCACGCACACCAGCAUCUAGACUUGCAAAAAUGCAAUACAAAAAAGUCGACCUUUACGGCGGCGCCAUUACCGUCGAUCUGCCUACCGCAUACGGCGACGCCAGCCAGAUCCGAGAAGUGCCAGACCACCAGGAGGUCUAUCUCGACGAGAACGGAUACUCGGGUGUCAUAGUCGAGAUCCUGGAGUACGUGGAGAAGCCGACGGAUGCGGAAGCGCUGCAGUACCACUUCGCCGACCUGGUCGACGGCACCGGGGACGAGACGAACAUGCUGGAGCAGUCGCACGCGGCUAUGGCGAAGGUAGCGAACAAACCCGUUUACACGCUGUCGUUCAUACAGACGCCCCCGCCGCCUGAUCGGCCGCGCAAGACGCCUGAUUUUGUGGCUAUUCAUUUGCUGCUGCUGCGUGUGAAGGAGCACGGCACGGAUAUCAUGGUUACGGUCAAUGUCCCGCAUUAUCCGGGCGAGUAUGAAAAGGCUGCGCCAGGGGAGAAGACGUCGCUGAUGAAGGAUGGCGAUGAGAUUGCGAAGAGGGUGUUGGAGAGCUUUGAUAUCAAGGAUUGGAGCCUGUUGCAGGGCUGAGGCAUUCAAGUGGGAGGAACAGUGACCAGUGUGACUUGCGUGGAUGAAACAAAACUUUACAUUUAGAGGUAAGAACGGGACACUUGAGGAAGGAUCAUGAGCGUGCCCGAGCAUGGACGGACGAUACAUAGACACCCCCUUCCGAAACCUUUGCCCGAUUUUUCGCGGCGCAUCCCAC